AUGGUGUUGAAAGAUCAAAUCCCCGCAAAAGAUACCAAGGUUUCACAAGCAACCCAAUCUGGGUCAGCAACUAAAGAACCAUUGAGAAAGAAAAGUAACCAUGAAAACGUAAACGUUGAAAAUUCCCAUAUCCGCUCUACCAUUGCGAAGCAAUCGAAAGGCAAACUUGCCGAUGAUGAUACAAAUGCAGAGGACAAUAACAUUGAAACCCAAUUCCAAAAUCAGAUAAAAUCACAGUUGCAAAAUCAAUUACAAAGUGAAUUACAUCAUUCAUUUCAUAAAGAUAAUGAAAGUAAUCCGCAAAAUUCAACUGUCGAUAAUCUUCUGGAUUCAACUAAUAUAGAUGACGAAUUAAGGAACCUGGAGAAUAUGGGUAUUGAUAAUUUAUCAGAAACAGUAGUUCAGGAGGCUGCCGCUGCAGUUGUUUCCUUUGCUCAAGCUGCCGCAACUGCGAACAAUAUGAAUGAAAGUGGUAACAUUGAUGUGGAAUUAGCGGAGAUAGAUACCAACAUAAAUUCCAAUCAUGAUAACAUAAGUGUGUCCGAUAAUGUUGAUCAGAAGCUAACUGCGCAUAAUCAGGAGCGGAUAUUCAAGGGGAAAGUUUUUUAUAUACCUUAUGAUUCCCCUGACAAUACCAACAUUAAGUCAAUGAUUCUUCAAAUGGGCGGUAAACUCGUUGAUUCUUCGACUCCAUCUUCCAUUACGUUAGCCCCUCCGAAUUUUAAAGGCCCUCUUAACAUAUCCAAUCAAUUUUCAUAUCAGUUUAUCUAUGAUUCCUAUAUUCAUAAAAGCCUGAAAGAUAUAACAAAAUACAAGGUUAACAAAUCCGAUCUCAUUGAAGCGACAGCUGUGGAGCCUACAAUAGAAGCAAAAGAUACAUCGCCAUUAUUGGCGCCUACAGCACCUGCAUCAUCUGCAUCACCUGCAACACCAGUUAAGGAAUCCGGUUCCAAAUUGUUGAAGAUUAAUGUUGGUGAAUUUCCUUUACCGAAAGAAUCUGCUAUAGAAUCGGAGACAUCAUUUGACGAGCCUACCACGGAUUUAAAAAACAAAAGAAGGAUUAUCAAAAACCCAAACCCACAACCGAAAAGAAAAUCGAAAAAGUUUACUCCGGAAGAAGAUGAGUUUAUCUUAGAUUUGGUUAGAAGAAAUCCGCAUUUGAGGUCGACGCAUACUUUUUUUGCUAGAAUAUCACAGUUGGCUCCAUUAUCAGACCAUACUGGUAACUCUAUAAGAUAUAGGUAUCGUAAGGUAUUAGCACCACAAUUGGAUUACGUAUAUGAAAUUGAUCCUGUGAGCGGGAAACCCAAAAUUGAUCCAAAAACUAAUGCACCGAUUGAAGUAACUGAGAUUCCAUCAUUGAUUAAAUCACAGUAUACCUCUGAGGAGGACUACCAAUUAUGCAAGCAUAUACUGGCUUAUAAAAAAGGUGAUUUGGUUCUGUAUGGAAAGAAAAAACACGAAAUUUCGCAGAUUCCAGAAGCUGUUUUUCAAGAGCUAAACGAGAGAAAUCCAAGACAUUCUGCAAUGUCAUGGAGAGAUAGAUAUAGGAAAUUUGCUGCAAAGUUUGGAAUAAGAAGGUAUAUAGAAUAUUAUGAAGAUUGCCUGAAGAAAAACAUAUCGCCAGAGCCAAUGAAAAACAUGAGCUCAAGGACGGACCGUAAAGACUAUAAAGUGGAUGUCUUUGAUAAUGAGACAAAACGUCCAUCUACCGCUAACAUAAAGCCUUCCAAAAGAAUAAAACUUGGUACCAAUAAAAACACUCCAAAAGGUGAGCACACUAGUUAUCACCUUAAGGACAGUGGACAAAGUAAUCUUGGUUCAAAAAUUGAAGAUGCGAAGAUCCUUGAGAAGCCUAAUACGAGCGUAUUGGCUGAUCCAUUGACUAAUAAUGACGAGUCUGCAGCUGUAGGUGCUCUGAAAGAGUUAGCUAAAGUGUCAUUUCAACAAAAUGGAACAGCAGGUGAUGAGAAUCUGCCCAAAGAGAAACCUUCGACCAGGACUAAUGACGGGGAAGAAAAUGAAGAUACCAAUGAAGUCCAUGGAAGUUCAAGAGAGGAUGCUGAUGAUGAUAAUGCUAACUUAUUUGCACAUGCUACUGUAGAUGAAAUGAAGCAAUACGACAUUGGAAUGGAUACAAGUGGUAUAGAAAACGACGAAGAGAGCCUGAAGAAAAAAUCUGUAGUCUCUCUCAGUAGGGUUGCUGAAACUAGUAGGGAUGAAAGCAGAGAUGAAGAAAACGAAACAGAUACCAACUCUGUUGGUAAUGAUGCAGAAUUGGUUAAUGUUAAGGCUGACGAUGGUUUGAUGGACUUCAGACAAUUGAUGGAAAUUGAUCCCGAACCUUUAAAACAACGUUCCGAAAUAGAUCUAGAAACAAUGAUUACUAACAUUCAUGAAUGUUUCCGAAAUUUUGGUGAUGGAAACACACCAUAUGAAUUAUUCAAGGAUAUUAGUGAUAAUACAGGUAUUUCGAUGCUCUGGCUUAACUACUGGUUUGAUUGUUCUUGCGGUAUGUUAGGCACAUUUAUUCAGGCUAUUAUACAUUACUUGGAAACAGGGGAAUUGGUCAUGAAUAAUGUUUCUGGUUUCUGGACAGAAAGAGAUGAUGAAUUACUUAGAGUUGAUCCCGAAAAUAAAGAACUUUUGAAACUUCAUGGUAAAGACAGCGUUACCAAGAGGAAGGCGGUUUUAUUUAGUUAUGUAUUGUAG